AUGGCCAAAGCAUUCCCAUUUCAUCAUGGGACCACCACCACUACCUCGACUUUCUUCUUAUCGCAAUGCAGGAUAUUACUCUCAAAAGGAAGAGGCAGCAGCAGCAAGAGCAUAAAUGCCCGAUUGGUACCGAUCCGUCGGUUCCAGACGACGACGGUCACGUUCCUGGCACGGCCAGCAGAUCAGGUGACGGAGCGCAAGAGAGGUGGCAGCAAACUAUACAAGAGCGCAGAUGACGCCGUAGCCGAUCUGAAGAGCGGUUCUGUCGUUUUGAGUUCGGGCUUUGGACUCUGCGGGACAGCAGAAACCCUCAUCGCAGCCAUCCGCCGCCGAGGCGUCAACUCGCUAAACAACCUAACAGCCGUGUCCAACAACGCCGGCGCAGGCACCGCCGGGCUCGCGUCGCUCGUGCAGUCCGGGCAGAUCGCGAAAUGCAUCCUGUCGUAUCUGGGGAACAACAAGGAUCUGGAGAAGAAGUACCUAUCGGGGGAGAUUGCCAUCGAGCUGUGUCCGCAGGGCACGCUGGCGGAGAGGCUGCGGGCAGCGGGGGCUGGGAUUCCGGCUUUUUACACGCCGACUGGUGUUGACACAUACGUCCAGACGGGCGACAUUCCCGUCCGACUUGGUCGAGCCGCGGACGGCUCCGGCACUAUCACGUUAGAAAAGGGCCCAGUCAGGGAGACGCGAGUCUUCGACGGGAAGAAAUACAACAUGGAGACUGCACUGAAAGGCGACGUGGCCAUCCUCAGGGCUUGGAAGGUCGACGAAGCUGGGAACUGCGUAUUCCGCUACGCGACAAAAGCGUUUAGUCCGCUCAUGGCAAAAGCCGCUCGAUUGGCGAUCGUCGAGGCAGAAAACAUCGUGCCUGUCGGAGCCAUCGCACCCGACGAGGUCGACUUGCCCGGCAUCUUCAUCGAUCGGAUUGUUCCCGCUACGGAGGAGAAGCAUAUCGAAAUCAGGAAGACGCGUUCCGCUGCUGGCGAACCGACAAAGGAGGACGCAGCCAAGCCAGAAGCCCUUGUUCGGAGAGAACGGAUUGCCAGGAGGGCAGCCAAAGAGCUCAAGGACGGCUACUACGUGAACCUGGGCGUGGGCAUCCCGACUCUGGCGCCGUCCUUCCUGUCGCCGGACGUGAAGGUGUGGAUUCAGUCGGAGAAUGGGCUCCUGGGCAUGGGUCCCUACCCGACGGAGGACGAGGUCGAUCCGGACAUAAUCAAUGCUGGCAAGGAGACGGUCACUCUGCUGCCGGGCGCGUCGACGUUUGACAGCUCCGAGUCGUUUGGGAUGAUCAGGGGAGGACACAUCGACGUGUCGAUUUUGGGGGCACUGCAAGUCAGCGCCAACGGUGAUCUGGCCAAUUACAUGAUUCCAGGAAAGGUCUUCAAAGGAAUGGGCGGAGCAAUGGAUCUGGUUUCCAACCCAGACGAGACCCGCAUCGUCGUCGCUACCGAGCAUGUCAACCACAAGGACGGGUCGCCCAAGAUCCUCGAGGAGUGCACGCUGCCUCUGACGGGGGCACGGGUAGUCAGUACCAUCAUAACUGAUCUGUGUGUCUUCCAAGUCGACCGCGUCAACGGUGGACUCACGCUGACCGAGCUGGCGCCGGGCGUCGACGUGGACGAGGUCAGAGCGAAGACGGGGGCUAAGUUCCGGGUUGCAGAUAAUUUGAGGAGCAUGGAGUAG